AUGUCCCAUCUCCCCUUUCCGGAGCCGCCCACAGACGCGUCCGUCGCACAGGCCCUCGCCCAGCUCGACGCCUUCACCACCGACGCACAGGCCCUCGCCCGCCGGAUCCAGGCCGCCCGUGACGAGCUCGCGCACAUCGUCGACCAGCGCCAGGCCGCCAUCCGCGGCCUCGAGCACAACCUCGCCACCCUCGAGGACCGCGUCGCGCUCACCAGGGCCUAUGUCUCCCCCAUCAGGCGGCUCCCCCGUGAGAUCCUCGUCCAGAUAUUCCUUGCCGUCUUUGACGACUGCUCUUGGUCCCCCUGGAUCCUCUCGGCCGUCUGCACCCUCUGGCGCCGGCUUGCGCUCUCGAUACCCAAGCUCUGGUCAAAGAUUCGUCUCGUCACAGCGCACGCCUCCUCCGCAGAGACGAUCCGUCUGUGGCUCGAGCGGUCUGGCCGCACGGUACCGCUCGACAUCGAAAUCGUCCUCUGCUCCUCCUCCUCCCACCACUCCGACGGCUCUCGCAGACGCUGUGUCCCGGUUGCUACCCACGCCCCCGGAGACGUCUGGGCUCCGCCCCCAGGAUGGACAACACCGCCACCAGUCGUACACACACACGGCCCCGCUGCGGGUGGUGCGGCCCUGCCGUUGCACAUAGGAGACGUCCAUCUCGUCCCCGUCCAGGCGGUGGUGGCGGAUGACCCCCCUGGCCCAACGCCGCCAUCCCCGACGCACGCGCAUGCGGAGCUCGAGAUGCCGCCACUGCUGAACGCGGACACCCGGACCAUCGCCCCCCAUCAGCGCACCCGCAAGAACAUGCACUGGGGCCACAUCGCGUUCUACUACCUCGUCGAGCAGAUGGCGCGCUGGGAACGCUUCGUGUUCCGCUUCGACAAGCAGUUCGCGUCGAUCGGCGCGCUGCGGGCCAUCGGAGGCGAUGCGCCCAUGCUGCGAGAAUUCGAGAUCUCAUGCUCGAACUCGGAGCCGGUCCUCUACAACGACUGGAAAUGGCUUCCGUCGGCGCCUGCCUCGACGUCUUACGACAUCCUUGCCCUGCGGACUCUGACCCUCCAGCAUGUGCCCUUCCAGUGGUCCUCGCCCAUGUUCCGCAACCUCCACCAUCUCACCCUCCGCAGCCUGCCAACCGUCCACAUCUCCCUCGACCGCAUCCUCCACAUCGUCGCCGCGAACCCGAGCCUCCAGUCUCUCGCGCUCCAUUUUGCCUCCCCCAACCCUCCCGUCUUACCGCUCAAGCCCGUGACGCUGCCACAUCUCAAGGGCCUCAACUUCAGCGGCCACUACCUGCUCGCCAACCUUGUUGACGUCCUCGUCCUCCCUGUCCUCGAUACCCUCAUCCUUGACAUCGAGGCACGCGACCCGAUCGAAGAUACCCUCACCUCGCUCCUUACCCGCUCCGGGAACCCUCCGAUCACCCGGCUCUCGCUCUCUUACGGCACGCACACCGGCCCGCACACAGGCUACUAUUGGGUCAGCGGCCCCGGCGUCGCCUCCUGGCACUUCCUCUCUGAGCUGGACAGCCUCCGCGCUCUGCACGUCGGCGCCGCGCCGUUCGAGCCCCUCCUCGGCACCCUCGGCGCGCCUGACGAAGACAACGGGCAGGACCGCUGGGUAUGCCCGCGCCUCGCGACGCUCGCCCUCCGCGGCUGCCACGCGCACGGGGACGGGAUCGCGAAGCUCGUCCAGAUGGUCGACGCACGGAACCCGGACGGCGGCGGCCCUCCCGCGUUCGGGGGCGUCGUCCCCACGCGUCUCCGCCGGCUCGAGCUCUACGACUGCUCGGCCGUGGGCCCGGAUGUCGUGGAAUGGCUCAGGUCGCGGAUAGGGCCGGAUGAUGUGGUGUGCCCUGAGCCAAGCUCGGAGGGGUACAUUGGCCGGUUCGUGCUCGUGCAGUAA